AUCAGUGAUCGCAGUCAGGCGGUACAAAAAAAAAAUCUUUAGAAAGAAACUUGCUUCGGAUAUUUGGAAGUAACAGGUCAGUUAAAGGACGAAUGCCGAUUCGUAAAGACGUCGAACUUCGCUCGUUUGUGAAUUAUAUUGUUGAAUGUGAAGACUGAAGAGUGUCGGGACCGGUCGUUGUAGAAAAAAUAUAACAACAUUGAUUUUAUUGAAAAACUUAAAAAGUGAUUGUGAUAAAAAACAAAACUGCCAACUAAAUACAAAAAAAUAAAGAAAGUGGAAAAAUUAAAAAUACGAAAUUAGAAAUACUAAAAAAUAUUGUAUCUAUAACUAAACUUCAUUAUGAUAACAAUGAAUGAAUUUGUGGAUUUACGUAUGCAGCAGCACAUUGCUCAUGAAAUUUAUCGACAUCAGAUAAUGCAAAGGAUUCCUGAUCCUUUUCCACCAUUACUGCCAAUCCCAAUUCCAAGGCAUAUAAUACUUCCUCCUCGAGUUAGCUUACCUGGAGUUGAAGCAACUCUUCAAAAUGAUGAUUUAUGGAAACAAUUUCAUCAAAUCGGAACCGAAAUGAUUAUAACAAAGAGUGGAAGACGGAUGUUUCCAUCGAUGCGCCUGUCAAUAUCCGGUCUUGAAGAAGAAUCGAAUUAUUGUGUUCUCUUGGAAAUGGUUCCUAUUGGUGAUUGUCGAUACAAAUUUUCUGGAUCUCAAUGGGUGCCAGCUGGUGGUGCAGAGCCUCAGAGCCCGCAGAGAAUGUUUUUGCACACAGAUAGCCCGGCUUCGGGAGCACAUUGGCAAGCGCAACCUAUUCUUUUUAACAAAGUUAAGCUAACGAAUAACACCUUGGACAGUAACGGACAUAUUGUCCUUGCUAGCAUGCAUAAAUAUCAACCAAGAAUUCAUAUUAUACGGACAUCGGAUCCUACACAAAUACCGUGGUCACCACAGCAAGCAUUUGUGUUUCCAGAAACAGAAUUUGUUGCCGUUACUGCAUAUCAGAACGACCGAAUCACAAAACUUAAAAUAGACAAUAAUCCAUUUGCAAAGGGAUUUCGGGAAACUGGUCAAUCUCGCUGCAAAAGAAAAAUGUCAUCCUCACCAGAAAUUCGAUGCACUACCAACAAUGACACAUCACCGUUAAAACUAAAUUCCCUACCUAGCACAAGCGGAUGUGACGUGAUGAAUGCAGCAAAUGAAGACGAUCACGAGUCAUCGCCAAAUGUCAAACGAAUGAGAUCGAAUGGCUCAACCUGUUCCAUGUCAUCACUUGAUGAAGUUGGAUUUCCCACAUCGACGACAAGUAGCAAUAGUACAAGUGGAAAAAACUCUCCCAACAUUGAUCUUGUUGGCAAUGAUUUGCAAUCUUACCAGCAUCCAUCACCACGAAUCAAUAUGCCAAACGAUGCGUUGAUGGUUCACAAGAUGCAAACAUUUAUGAAUCCCUCAUUUGCCGACUUGGCUUAUUCGUACUUUGAAAGACCUCAAUAUCCAAUGCAUAUGCAUUCUUUUGGAAUUCAUCACCAACAACCGAAUGAGAUUUCCUUAGAAACUAGUGAUGUAUCUGAAACUGAAAUAUCAAAUGGAGAUGCGCCCAUUAUUGCCCACCAACCAUCAGAGGUUUCACAUUCUGAAGCUGGGGGUGGAGGUGGUGGCGGCGAAUUGCUAAGAGCGACCAAAAGCAAAAAUUUCUCCAUUUCCGCUAUUUUGGGAAGUAAAAGUUAAAAUCAUGAAUAUUGUAUAAAUUAAUGCGAUUUUAUUAAAGUGCAAAUACACAUUUCAUAAAUUAAAGAAGAAAAUUGUAAAUAAAAUAUUAUUAUCAACUCACAAAAAUUGAUGUAGAAGAAUACAUUUCACAGUUCACAGUUUUUUUAUCAAUAAUCUCCCAUAAAUAUAUGUUAGUUAAUUUCAUGUAUAAAUAAUAAAAACUAAAAUUAAA